AAACGUUGUUACAUGAAAGUCGUACCAGCAAACUGAAGUGAAUUGAAUCUAAAGGAGGAGCUGAAUUACAUUGUACAAAAUGUUGAACGUUUCGAAGGUAGGCCAAUUUGGCCAUGUCUUCAAACGGGGUAUGUCAAAUAUAGUCGAAACUGUGGAACAGCGUUGCCAUGAGACUGGAGAAGGUUCUGUAAAGCUAUGGAGGAACAUCAGUCUUUUCAUAGGCCUCCCUGCAAUUGCACUUGCAAUGGUUAAUUGUUUUAUAAGACACCAACAAGAAGAUCACCACGAACGACCAGAAUUUAUUCAUUAUCCAUAUAUGAAGGUUAUGAACAAGCCUUUUCCAUGGGGAGAUGGUAAACAUUCGCUCUUCCACAAUCCUAAAGUGAAUUGGAUACCUGGUGUUGGUUAUGAAGAAUAACUUCUCAACAGAACUAUAGGUGUAGUUUACAUUCGAUGAUGUUAUGUAUAUAUUCAUAUCCUGUAUUAUCUCAUAAUAAAAGUAAUAAAAUAUAA